AUGAAGAAGAAAGAGAUGCUGUGGAAAACCCCGUGGAAACCCCCAACGCAUUCUCGGUGCUACCCCACGAAUGCGUUGUUUAAGUGUCGUUCCAUACAUGCUGUAUAUGUGUUCAUUGAUGCGGGUGUCGAGUUUCUUGCUGUUUCACCUACGAAGAUCUUGUCACAGCCUCCCCAGGGUAUAGUGGUAAACUCCUGCAUUGACUGGUUUCGGUCGUGUGCUUGGCUUUUGUCCUGUAUAUACUUUUUGUGUUUCAUUGAAUGUCUUUUUCCUUUUCAGAGUGGCAACAAAGAUGGGGACGCCAAGCCCAGAUUCCUGGCAGUCACAUCCCUCGAGGAUGUGCAAGCUGUGCGCUGUGCAGAAUUCCAUCCAUCCGGUCGCUUCUAUGCUGUUGGCUCAAACUCCAAAACACUUCGUAUCUGCAGUUAUCCCAAGCUUUCUGACCUGAGAGAGGAUCAUGUUACAUACCAGCCAACAGUGUUGUUCAAGCGCACUAAGCAUCACAAGGGUUCCAUCUACUGCCUGGCCUGGAGUCCCUUAGGGGACCUGGUGGCCACUGGCUCCAACGACAAAACUGUCAAGCUCAUGAGGUUCAACCCAGACUCGUGCAAUAUGGAUGGUACGUAAAAGAAUUUUUUACACGUGUAGUGUAGAAUUUUGCAUCUUGUUGGGCAGAGAAUAAAUCUUUGAGGUAGUAGUUAGCUGGAGAAUAUAAAGAUGUAUUUAGUAGCUCAUAUCUUUGUGCACUUGAAGAUAAUUCUCAAAUAUUUUACUAAUUCCCCAAAUAUUUC